UGACAACCUUUCUCCUAUUGUUCAGUUAAUCAUGUUCCAUGUUCUAUAUAUUAUACAUUAAUUUAUCUUGAAACGACAAUAAAUACAAAAAUAUGCUCUUCCUCUGAAAAUUUUCUACUCAGAAUUACAGUUAAGUUUUUGUUGUAACACCGUAUAGUGAUUUAUUUCUUUUUUUUUUUAAACCCAUUUUUAAUGUCUUUUUUUAAGCUUUUUUGGAAGAAUUUUACAACUUUAUUUCUUUUUUUCAUUUUUUUUUUUUUUUUUGUAUGUCAAAUAUUCAAUGAGAAGUAGAUUAUUAGUGAAAAAUACCCAUAGAUGUAUAUAAAAACUAUUUGACUCGAGUGUACUUCAUAGCCUUCUAUAUUUGUACUAUUUUGUAUUUCGUAUUGCAUGUAGAUAUCAUACAUUAUCUUUUUUGUAAGUACAGUUUGUAUAGUCUCCAAAAAAAUUUGAAUUUGUGCUUCAUGUAUACUAAUAAAUCAUAUUACUUUAUGAUAUAAAAAUUCAACUUAUGAAUAAUUUUGUAUUUUCAGAUGUAUUACACAACAACAUUUUAAAGAACAGACGUCAUCUAUGUCCCAAUGGAUGUGGUCGUCAUUAUAAAAGAAGAUGUCACAUGAAUUAUCAUUUAAAAUUUGAAUGUGAAAAUCAAAAUAUAUUCAUUUGCCCGAAUGUUAUGUGUCACCGUACAUAUAAAUUUAAAAGAAGCUUAAAGAGGCAUUUAAGACUUGAAUGUGGAGGGCAAAAAAAUUUCAAUUGUAGUAUAUGUACAAAGGCAUUUUCACAAAAAAUAUAUUACACAACAAUAUUUUGAGGAACAGACGUCAUCUAUGUCCCAAUGGAUGUGGUCGUCAUUAUAAAAGGAGAUGUCACAUGAACCACCAUUUGAAAUUUGAAUGUGGUGUUCAAGCUCGAUUCAAAUGUCCAUAUUGUUUUAAAAUGACUAAUCAGAAGUCUAAUCUAAAAACCCAUAUUAGAGAAAAUCAAGAUAGGUUCAUUUGCCCAAAUAAUAUGUGUUGCCGUACUUAUAAAUUUAAAAGAAACUUAAGCAGUCAUUUAAAACUUGAGUGUGGAGGGCAAAAAGGAUUCAAUUGUAGUAUAUGUCCGAAAGCAUUUUCACAAAAAGUUAUAUUAAAAAAGCAUUUGGCCCAAAUACAUAAUUGUAUUGAAUGAAAUCAAUUUUA